AUGCCACAAUGUCGGCGUCCUUUUGCAAGACAGGAUGCUCUCACCCGACAUGAGAAACUACACAAACGAGACGCGGAUGCGACACAAGACCCGUCUACACCCUCGCUACCGACUCCUUCAACCUUUUUAGACCUUUCAAAAACCUGGAAAACGAAUGCAGCAUGUAUUACCUGUAGUCCAUCUGAAAAUUUAACGGAAAGCGGUUCGAUAUCCGAGCAGCAAGCCGCAAAGGAACUGAAUUUGCGCAACACUCCAUCGGAUGUGGAUUUCGACCUCAUAUGGCCGGAUUCAGAGGAACUUUUUCAAUCUAUCAUGGCAACUGAUGUGUCAGAUCAAUGGCAGAUGUUGUCAGGGACGUUGCCAUUCCCGCUUGUCGCUCAUGAUACCCCUGGUCCGCUCUUCAGGUCACCCGUCUCCUUCGACGACCGCGGCUCGUCCGUGGGUGAUAUUCCCAAUGGCAGUGGGCACCGAGCUGUGCAUGAUGUUACCGAGCUGGUUGCAAGUUCUUCCUCUUGUAUCACGGCAGCUGUGAAGGCCACAUCGAUAACAUCGGUUUUUCUGGACGAAUGCCUGCAUAUGUUUUUUGCUCGAUUUAUUCCAACCUUUCCCAUACUGCACCGGGCCACGUUUGUUUUUCGGGACUGCACUCAUGCCUUGCUCCUUAAUGCCAUCGCAAUUGGAUCUCUUUACCUCGGUCCCCCUGACUCCGUGGCCAAGGGAGAGACCUUGUGGCGAUUGGCCCAUACGGCUGUGGCGACCUCGUGGCAGUCUCUGAUUACCCACAUUGGCCCCUAUGACUCUUGUCACGGCGUCCAAUUAGUGAUCACUGCAUUGCUUGGGCAGAUAUAUGGAGCGCUGUCCAAGAACCGUGCAAUUCGAACCACUAGCCAGAUACUCCGACCACUUGGCUUCUUCUGGGCGCGCCAUUGUGGAAUGUACGAUGACAAAUCUUACCCAUUGACAAGCUUACCGUCGGAAGACGCCACCCACGAGAAGAAAGAAAAAGAAUGGCAUACAUGGGCAGCUUGCGAACUACAACAGCGCGCGCUGCUAGCACAUUACCUUCUUGAUGGGCUAGUGGCACAAAUGACCGGGAACGGGUCUGCCGUUCGCCAUGUCACAAAUCCUUUGAGACUCCCAAGCAGUGAGAAUGCCUUUGAUGCAACCUCUGCUGACGAGUGGCUGGCACACAUGCGCUCACAGAGUCCAGACUGCUCAGGCUUUCGAGAUGUCUUUCGUUCGCUCUUCUCCCCCGGUGCCAAAUCAAGGUCUUUGAACUUUCAGUUCACACCAUUUGCCCUUCGAGUAGUGCUUGAGGGACUUCAGUCAAUUGUAUCUGACUAUGAUGAGCACGAUGUCGCAUUUGGCAUUCCGUGCCGGUCAGAUGUGCGCCGUGCUUUGGUCAGAGUACAUGAAACCAUCUCAAUGUGCAUUCACUUCUCUGCAGCCGAGCGCCUCGAAAUUCUCCUGAGAUGGCACACAGUCUGUCUGGACAGCGUGAUUGAUUCCACUGCUUUGUCUCGCGAUAUCUGUGCUCGAUAUGAACUUCCUCAGUACGUCUCCGGGGGCUACCGGAUAAUUCGUCCCAAUUUUGACUUGACAAGCUGGUGUCAAACCGAGGACGCCCGCCGCGCAGUUCUUCACGCUGUGGCCAUUCAGGGCAUUGUUGAGCAACUUCCCCGUGGGAGAGCUCAUGUCAUCCAUAUGCCCAGCUCUUUGUUUGCCGCUGCGACCGUCUACGUAGCUUUCUCGCUGGCCGGUCAUGUCACCCUGAAUCUGCCUCGGACUGUGGUGUGGCAGGAUGCGCUGUUGACCCGCGCAGAUCUCAAUCUUGACCACAGUAAUGUAAGGCCCACUUCCGGAUCUGAGACUCGCCGUUUUGUGGAAACGGGGCCAGAUACCCCACUGGGACCUUUUGAGGGGGAUGGGCGAAAUCUCUUGUAUGAGUUGAAUUCGAUGCAAAAACUUUUCCGCUGCCUCUCUUCCCAAUGGGGCAUCGCACACGAUAUGGAGACUGUUGUUGCCCAGUGGAUUCAGCUUUGUCAUUGA